GCUCACACACACACAGGCGCACGUGCCCAGUAGCAGCUCCAGCAAGUUGCAUCCUGCCGGUUGGGAAAAUGGCUCCGGUUGCAAUCAAGCGCGUGCUAAUAAGCGAACAUGUGGAUCCAUGUUGCAAGAAGAUUUUGCAAGAAAAUGGGAUUGAAGUCACUGAAAAGCCAAAUAUGAACAAUGAUGAGCUGAAAACGCAGAUUAAGGAUUUUGAUGGUCUGGUUGUCCGGUCGGCUACCAAAGUAAAUGCUGACGUCAUUGAAUCUGCCAAGAGCCUGAAGCUGAUUGGACGAGCUGGAACAGGCGUGGACAAUGUAGAUGUGGAGGCGGCCACCAAGAAAGGCAUAAUUGUCAUGAACACUCCAAGUGGGAACACUAUCAGCGCUGCUGAACUCACCUGUGCCCUCAUAAUGAGUUUAUCAAGAAAUGUUCCACAAGCUGCUAUGUCAAUGAAGGCAGAAAACUGGGAUCGUAAAAAGUUCAUGGGUGAAGAGUUGUACGGCAAAACCCUUGGAAUAAUUGGUCUUGGGAGAAUCGGGAAAGAGGUGGCCACAAGAAUGCAGUCUUUUGGGAUGAGGACCAUUGGUUAUGACCCCAUUACUCCUCCAGAGGUGUCUAAGAGCUGGGGGGUGGAGCAGAUGUCUCUGGAGGAGCUCUGGCCCCAGUGUGAUUACAUCACCGUGCAUACGCCCCUCAUGCCAUCCACUACAGGAUUAUUGAACGAUGCCUCAUUUGCUAAAUGUAAGAGAGGCGUGAAGGUGGUGAACUGUGCUCGCGGAGGCAUCAUUGAUGAAGCUGCUCUACUAAGAGCUCUGGAGUCGGGCCAGUGUGGAGGAGCAGGGCUGGAUGUGUUUGUAGAGGAGCCUCCCAAAGAUUGGACCCUGGUGAACCACCCGAAGGUGAUCAGCUGCCCACAUCUGGGAGCCAGCACAAAGGAGGCCCAGGCUCGCUGUGGCCAAGACAUAGCACUACAGAUUGUUGAUAUGGUCAAAGGCAAAGCAUUAGUGGGAGCGGUGAAUGCACAGGUUCUGGUUAGCACCUUUACCCCGGAGUCGCAGCAAUGGAUCAGGCUCGGUGAGGCCUUGGGCAAAUUGCUGAAGGCCUGCAAUUCCACUAAACAGCCCUACGACCAAGUCCACAUCACCACUCAAGGAGAGUGUUUGAAGAAAUCGACCGAGUUCCUGAGCUCAGCAGCUGUUGUUGGACUGAUGGCUGAAAGCUCUGGGAAUGGCCUUAACCUGGUGAAUGCUCUUACGCUAGCAGAAGAGACGGGAAUUACAAUUAAAAAAGGUCACCAUGAUGGGAAUGAAGCUAAAGCCAGCUGCGUGGCAGAGGCCUCUGUGAAUGGCAGUGUUUAUAAAGCCUCAGGCACUGUACAGACCGCAGUGCCAGUCCUUCUGGAGCUGAACGGCAGUGUGUUCAGGCAGCCAGUGCCUCUCUUGGGAAACCUGUUGUUUUUCAGGGCUGCAGCGUCACCUCAGCUCCUGCCGUCCGUUUCUGGUGUGCUGGCAGAGGCGGGUGUUGAGAUCAAUCACUUCAGUGCCUCCAGUGCCUCUGGUGGUGAUCAGUGGUACUGCGUCGGGGUUCCUUCCCUGCUGAAAGACCUCGGCGCACUCAUGCCCCUGGUGAAGGAGGCAGCACAAUUUGUUGUAUAAACUCCUGCUAGCUGGACGUUGGUGGGAAUUGUCCGUAGCAUUCCAGUGUCUUGCAUUUCUAAGUAUUUGAAGAGUUUCUCCAGUCCUGGGGAUUUCCAAAAUAAUUGAUCCUGUGCAUUACUGAAGAAAUUCGCUGGGUGUGUGGUUUUUUUUUUUUUUUUUAAAUCUCAAUCCUUUGCACCUGUAACAUUUUUUGUAAUUACUAUGGUUGUGAACAGUUCUUGAAAGUUUCCUGACAUUCCAAAGCUGAAUUUAGGCUUCCACUAAGUGAUAAGUGAAAUAUAUUGAAAUUGUUAGUUGUGUAACAUCCUGUUGAUGGAGUAGAAGGAUAAUAUGUUGAAAGUUUGUUGGAGUUAUCCAUUUAAACCCUUUCACAAAUUGGGGUGGGUGUUUCGAGAGUCAUCUUUUGACAUCUUCAAGAAUCCCUAGGACUGGAGGUGAGAGAACUUGAUCUAACACAAACCUAGCUAACGCCUAGUGCACAGGUUCCCAGCCCUGGUCUUGGAGUACCCCCUGUCCUGCACAUAUUCCUGGCUCGAACACCCACUUCAGCUCCAGAAGGGUAGUUGAAUUGGUUGUGUUGGGAGCAGGGCAAAACACUAAAAUGUGCAGGACCAGGUGGACUCCAGGACCAAAGUUUUUGAAACCCAUGUUGGUUCAAUAUACGUUUACUGUGAUGAGUUUACUACUUGGUUUAUGGACCAGCUAGUGUGUUUGUCAGUGUAGUGUUUUUUAUAAGCUACAUUUGAAUUUUCUGAACCACAUUAAAUAGAACUGUUACUAACAAGACCAAGUAGUAGUAUUUUUCUAGUAAUGAUGGAUGGAUAGAUGGAUAAGUGAUUCCUCAGGUUUGGUCCUGGAGGAUUGGAGUCAUACAUAACUUGAUUUCCUGGAUUUAAAGAUGAGUUAUUCAGUUAAUCAGACUUGGAGUAGAAAAAUCACCAUCCUGCUUGACUAGUUUCUGUAGAACCUGAUUUGGGGAAGCCUAUGCUACAUUUUCACCUGAUAUCAAGCAAGUUGUGUAAAGGCCUGGUGGUGGCACGGUGGUGUAAUGGUUAGUACUGUUGCCUCGCAGCAAGAAGGUUCUGGGUUCGAGCCUUCUUGGGGGCCUUUGUGUGUGGAGUUUGUAUGUUCUCCCCGUGUCUGCGUGGGUUUCCUCCAGGUGCUCCGGUUUCCCCCACAGUCCAAAGACAUGCAGGUUAGGUUAACAUGGCCUUAGGCUGAGGUGCCCUUGAGUAAGGCACCUAACCCCCAUUUGCUCCCUGGGUGCUGUUUGCAUGGCUGCCCACUGCUCUGGGUAUGUGUGUGUAUUCACUGCUUCAGAUGGGUUCAAUGCAGAGGGGAAUUUCACAAGUGUACAUGUGAUUUUUAAUAAAGCUGUUCUUCCUUGUGGUGCACUAUCAGGUAGUGUUGCAGAUUUGAAUCCUGAGCUAGAGCCUAUCCCAGCGGGGUACACCCUGGACAAGUCGCCAGAUCAUGACACAUGGAGACAACCAUUCACAUUCACACCUACGGUCAAUUUAGAGCCACCAAUUAACCUAACCUGCAUGUCUUUGGACUGUGGAGGAAACCAACAGAGAGAACAUGCAAAGUCCACACAAAAAGGUCCCUGUUGGCCACUGGGCUUGAACCUAGAACCUUCUUGCUGUGAAGCGACAGUGCGAACCACUACACCACUGUGCCACCUUCAACAGUUAAUCGACUUGAUGCGUUGGAGUAGAAAUCACUACAUUGCUUGACUCUAUUUUCCUUUUUUUUUUUUGGUAAUAGGUUUAACUCAAAUGCAAAAAGGUUAACACUAAUAUAACUUAACAAGCUCAUUUGUCCUCAAGAAAUGUGGAUUAUGAAUGAAUAAAAAUGGUGACGCACAA